AUGCUGCAAGGCAUCUUCCAGACCUUGAAGCACCGAUUUGGCCAGAAGCUGCGGGCUAACAGGAAUGCUUUUGGACGGAAGAGCCUAAAGUUCCUGCUCUCGAAGUUGGAGCACAUGACCCUGCGUCUGAGUAUCCUGCCAAGGCAGAAAUCGGACCACUCCCUGGAGCGACGGAUCGAGCGACAUUACCAUGAUUUGCAGCUGAACGCCAGCGAUUACUAUGGCAACCUCCUGGCCACCCUGAAACACUCCACGGAGCAGCAGCUGCACAGCCUUCUCCGGCUGUUGCUCCCCUGGCUGGGCAAGGUGCAGACGAAGCGGGGACAACCGCUGCCCGUCGAGGUGCAUGGCUUCGGCAGCUUCGGCUCACCCUUCUACAUGCUGUCCACCAACACGCUGGUGGUGCCUCUGUCGCUGCUGGGGCCACCGCUGUACUCACCCGGCCAGUCGGAGCUGCUCUCCUACAGCUCGCUGGGCUUCAUCCUGGGGCACGAGCUCUCGCACGGCUUCACCCCGGACGCCGUCCGGAUAGACUCUCGGGGCAGGGCGCAAAUAGGCAUUGGCCUGGAGGUGCUGAGGAACAGGCGCUUCCGGGAUGAAGCCACCUGCCUGCGGUUCCGCUUCGGCGCCGAGCAGCUGGAGGAGAAGUUCGCGGACGCCAAUGGCCUGGACCUGGCCUACUCGGCGUACUUCGAUGCCGCCGAGGGGGAUCGCCGGUGGGAUGAGAACUCUAUCGAACCGGGACAGACGUCGACACUGAGACAGCAGCACUUUUUCCUUAACUUUGCCCAGUUCUUCUGCUCGGAUGAGGAUAGCUCGCAGGAUAACGAUGAUCAUGGCACCGACCGCAGAAGGGUCAACGAUGCGGUGGCCAACUUUGAGCCCUUCCAACAGGCCUUCAACUGCUCCAAAAGCUGGUUUGAAAAGAGGUACCGCCAAAGGACUCAGUGUCGCCUGUAUUAG